AUGGCGACCACGACUUCGGCCAAAAUGAUGAGGGCCGUCAUAUGCGACGCGCCGGGACCCGUCUCCGUGCUCAACCUCCGAGAGGUGCCGGAGCCGACCCCGCAACCGGGCCAGAUGCUCGUCAAGGUGCUCGCCUUUGGCAUCAAUCGAGCCGAAAUGUUUACACGUCAGGGCCAUUCUCCCGGCAUCACCUUCCCCCGCAUCAUCGGCAUCGAGCUCAUCGGCACCGUCGCCGGGUACCCGCCCGGCACCGCGCCAGAGCCCGGCGACAUCCCGGUCGGCACCCGCGUCGCGACCUGCAUGGGCGGCCUCGGGCGCCAGAUCCCCGGCUCCUACGCCGAGUACUCGUGCCCGUGGAAGCAAAACGUCCGCGCCAUCCCCGACACCUCGCUGCCCGUCGCGACGCUCGCGGCGAUGCCGGAAAUGUUCCAGACGGCGUACGGCUCGCUCGUCGAGGGCCUGGACCUCCAGCGAGGCGAGAGCAUCCUCGUGCGCGGCGCCACGAGCUCCGUCGGCCUCACCGCGCUGCAGCUGGCGCGGUACCUCGGCGCGGGAAGAGUGGCGGGCUCGACGCGCUCCGAGGCCAGGACGCAGAUGCUGAAGGACUCUGGCGCCACGGAUGUCUUCAUCGACGAUGGGAACCUGGCCGACCGCGUGCCCGCGCAGUUCGACAAGGUGCUGGAGCUGGUCGGCGCGACGACGCUCAAGGACAGCGCCAAGUGUCUGCGCCCCAAGGGCACGGUGUGCAUGACGGGCAUUCAGGGGGGCAGGUGGGUGCUGGAUGACUUCGCGCCCAUGACGGACUUGCCGCAGCGACGGCGCCUGACGGGCUACUCGGGCGAUCCCAGCGACUUUCUCGCGCUGCCUUGGGAGGAGCUGACCAAGGCGGUGGAGGAUGGGAAGAUUAAGAUUCCCGUCCGGGAGUUUGGCCUCGAUCAAUUGCAGCAAGUGCACGAGAUACUUGAGAGCGGAGGGGGAGGCACGAAGAUGGUGGUCGUAAUCUAG